AUGACACCGUACCGUUCACACGGUAAGAGAGAACCAAAUAUGAAGCAAAUCUCCGAUAACAACGAAAGAUGGGAGGAGAAGCUGAAGGAUUUAACUUUCAACGUGAAGCAGAUACAAGACAAUCUGUUGGAAGAGAUACUCACACCUAACCUAAAAACAGAGUACCUCCAACGUUUUCACAUCGAGAGGUUCGAUAAAGAGCUCUUCAAGAAGAACGUACCGGUGGUGACCUAUGAGGAUCUUAAGCCUUAUAUCGAUCGUGUCGUUAAUGGAGAGUCAUCUGAUGUCAUAUCGGCCCGCCCUAUUACCGGUUUCUUGCUAAGUUCGGGAACUUCGGGAGGAGCACAAAAGAUGAUGCCAUGGAACAACAAGUAUUUGGACAAUUUAACAUUCGCAUACGAUCUUCGUAUGCACGUUAUAACCAAGGAUGUGAAAGGUAUGGAGGGAGGAAAAGGGAUGAUGUUUCUCUUCACUAAACAAGAAGCCAUUACUCCUUCUGGCUUGCCUGCUCGAGUCGCAACCAGCAGCUACUUCAAGAGCGACUAUUUCAAGAACCGUCCAUCUAACUGGUAUUACUCGUAUACGAGCCCUGAUGAAGUCAUACUAUGUUCCAACAACACUCAAAGUCUAUACUGCCAUUUGCUCUGUGGCUUGGUCCAAAGAGACGAGGUUGUGAGAAUGGGUUCCAUCUUCGCUUCAGUCAUGGUCCGAGCUAUCAAGUUUCUUGAAACUUAUCUUGAAGAGCUCUGUUCAAACAUCCGAUCAGGCCAUCUCAGCGAGUGGAUCACAGACCUCGGUUGUCGGAAAUCCGUGUCUUCGGUCCUUGGAGGGCCACGUCCUGACUUAGCAGACACGAUUGAAACAAUAUGCAACCAAAACUCAUGGAAAGGUAUAGUCAAAAGGCUCUGGCCAAAAACCAAAUAUAUUGAAACCGUUGUUACCGGUUCAAUGGGUCAGUAUGUUCCCACGUUGAACUACUAUUGCAGCGACUUGCCUCUCGUUUCAACAACUUACGGUUCUUCGGAGACUACUUUUGGGAUCAAUCUCGAUCCUCUGUGCAAACCUGAAGAUGUUUCUUACGCCUUCAUGCCCAACAUGUCUUACUUUGAGUUCAUACCUAUGGAUGGAGACAGUAGAGAUGUGGUCGACCUUCAAGAUGUGAAACUUGGGUGCACUUAUGAACCCGUGGUCACAAAUUUCUCCGGGUUGUAUAGAAUGAGAGUGGGAGAUCUUCUAUUGGUGACUGGUUUCUACAACAACGCACCUGAGUUUAGGUUUGUAAGAAGAGAGAACGUGGUCUUAAGCAUUGAUACCGAUAAAACCAACGAAGAAGACCUGUUCAAGGCGGUAAAUCAAGCGAAGCUGGUUCUCGAUUCAUCGGAUCUCAUUCUGGUAGACUUCACCAGCUUUGCUGACACCUCAACAUUUCCGGGUCAUUACGUUAUUUAUUUGGAAGCAAAGGCCAAAGAGGGAGAGAAGAAGAAGACAUCUUUGGAGCUCAAUGAAGAAGAGGCAUUCUCCAAGUGUUGUUUAGUGAUGGAGGAUUCACUUGACAAUGUUUACAAGAGAUGUCGGUUCAAAGACGGAUCGGUCGGGCCUCUGGAGAUAAGAGUGGUGCGUCAAGGAACGUUUGAUUCUUUAAUGGACUUCUUCAUCUCGCAAGGUGCUUCCAUCGGUCAAUACAAGACCCCUAGAUGCAUUAAAUCAGGAAAUGCCUUAGAAUUCAUCGAGGCAUGUGUGGUGGCUAGGUCCCAAGUGACUUGGUGUGAAAUCUUAGAGAUCUGGAUUUUUUUUUCUGUAAAAGUGGAUCGGAGGUAUGGAAAGGGACUGGUUCCACCGGAAGCGUCGGCGACGGAGAAUCCGUCUUGGAACGAGUCUGAUGUCACCGCCAUGAUCUCGUCUCUCAGCCGUGCCAUCGACUAUCCGACAGCCGACGGACACGAAAGUUCAGGCCCGCCGGUCAAACAAGAGCUUGAUAAAUCGGAUCAACUUCAACAAGACCAAGAUCAACCAAGAAGAAGACAUUAUAGAGGCGUAAGGCAGCGACCAUGGGGCAAAUGGGCAGCCGAGAUCCGUGACCCGAAGAAAGCAGCUCGUGUCUGGCUCGGGACUUUUGAGACAGCAGAGGAAGCCGCUUUGGCCUACGACCGAGCCGCCCUUAAAUUCAAAGGCAGCAAGGCUAAGCUCAAUUUCCCUGAACGCGUCCAGGGCCCUACCACGACAACCUAUGUCGCAACUCAAUCCGGCAAUGAUCAUGCCCCAAGAGGAGGUAGUGGAUUGAUGAACUCACCUCCUCCUCCGCUUGGUCCAUCAUCUACUACAACUUCGUGGCCAACAAAUUAUAAUCAGGACAUACUUCAAUACGCUCAGUUGCUUACUAGUAACAAUGAAGAGGUUGCACCGAAAAUAUGA